AUGAUAUUUCUAGGCGAUGGAGGUAUUGAGACGGUCCCUUUGUGUCAGCAACACAGUCCCAGUCUUGCACUCUAUGAGGAAGAGUACAAUACGCAAGGACAGAAGAUUGGACAAAUGUUGCGGUCAUUAUCGUUGUAUAAUGCAGUCAUGCAAAAUCCUGAAGAGACUGAACCCAAUCCAAAAACGGCCAAAAAGGUAGCCCAAAUGGGCACCAUAAUCGGUGUGUAUUUACCGUGUAUGCAAAACAUUUUUGGUGUGUUAUUUUUUAUUCGUUUAACUUGGAUCAUUGGAACGGCUGGCGUUGUACAAGCGUUUUUCGUUGUUUUGACGUGUUGCUCUGUGACUUUCCUGACAUCGAUUUCCUUAUCAGCAAUCGCAACCAAUGGUGUUGUACCGGGUGGAGGGCCGUAUUAUAUGAUAUCACGGAAUUUAGGUCCUGAAUUGGGUGGUGCAGUUGGUAUUCUCUUCUUUUUGGGUACCACAGUUGCUGCGUCCAUGUAUAUCACCGGUGCUGUUGAGAUUCUCAUUCUGUAUUUGUUUCCAGCAGCUAAAAUAUUCGACAACAUUUAUCAUUGUUUUCGAGUUCAUGGCACUUGUCUUCUCAUUAUUCUCGGUCUUAUUGUGUUGGCCGGAGUUAAGGUGGUGAACAAGUUCGCGCUGCCUGCCGUUUUUGUUGUUUUAACGUGUAUUUUAUGCACUUUCAUCGGUGUUUUCGUCAAACUGAAUGGCUCAGAUUCGUUGAAAUAUUGUAUGGUUGGUGAUCGCCCAGUGGAUUUGGUGUCGUUCAAUGAAAAGUUUCACUAUGUACCGAAUUGUACUGCUGAAGCAUUGGAACCACUCUUUUGUACGGUCCUAAACGAAACGUCAAUGCAGUGCGAACCGUACUUCGCGCGGAUGGCACGUAUUCCCAACUGGAAGGGUGCUGGACCUGCGAUCCGAGAGCAUAUCGCGAUCCCAGGCCUAGCAAGCGGUGUUCUCUUCGAAAACCUUUGGAGCAAAUAUUUGGGUGUUGGAGAACUUUUAUCAAAGGAGAAACUACCACGUGAGAGGACGGAUCGUGCUCACGUUCAAGGUUACUAUAUAUUCGCAGAACAAGCAACAUCAUUCAUGAUUUUGAUCGGUGUCUUCUUCCCAUCUGCUACAGGUAUAAUGGCUGGCUCAAAUCGUUCCGGUAAUCUGCGUGAUGCGUCCCGUUCAAUCCCACUCGGAACUCUUGGUGCACAAAUUACAACGAGUAUUGUUUAUCUGUUCGGUGUUGUACUCUUCGGUGCAUCUGUUUCGGAGAUGUUCUUUUUGAUGUGCUAUUUGGGAGUGAACACGGCGUGUGCACUGCAGAGUAUCUUGAAGGCACCUGGAUGGAGGCCGUCCUUCCGAUACUUCCAUUGGUCACUAUCACUGUUCGGUUCAAUCCUUUGUGUUGCUGUGAUGUUCAUUUCUGCAUGGCAUUUCGCUCUUGUUGCCAUUUUUAUUGGUGCUGCUGUAUAUAAAUCGCGUGAAAACAACCAACGAUUGAUAGAUUCAAACGAAUGCUUUCAGUACAUCGAAUAUGCAGGUGCCGAAAAGGAAUGGGGUGAUGGACUGCGUGGUCUUGGCCUAUCAGCCGCACGUUUCGCUUUGCUUAGUAUCGAUCCUAAACCUCAACAUUCGAGGAAUUGGCGACCACAACUUUUAGUGCUGAGCCCGGAUGAUGCGAACAGUGAAGAGGGUUUAUUAUCGUUCGUUUCACAGCUCAAAGCUGGUAAAGGACUAACGUUAGUGGCGAGAUGUGUUGAAGGAAAUUUCGUCAAUCAACCAGAAUUAGCUGAAAAUAAUAAGGCGGAAUUAACCGCAUUGGUGAAGAAGCAUAAAAUAAGAGGAUUCUGUGAUGUGUUGGUGACGGAGAAUCUCGAUGAAGGCAUAUCGUGUCUUGUUCAGUUUUUGUUAAUAUUUGUGCAAUUUCAGACAUCAGGUUUGGGUGCACUAUGUCAUAACACAGUGAUAUUGGCGUGGCCAGAUCACUGGACUGAAUCGCACGAUCAGCAUGUUUGUAAGCGUUUCGUGCAGACCAUUCGUGCCGUUGCGUCUGCGGAUUGUGCCAUUUUGGUGCCCAAAAAUGUUGCAGCCUUUCCGUCGUCAUCCACCAAAAUGCACGGUUUUCUGGACGUAUGGUGGAUAGUGCAUGAUGGUGGUCUUUUGAUGUUGUUACCGUUCUUGUUACGGCAGAACCGAACGUGGAAGAAUACAAAAUUACGUUUGUUCACGAUCGCACAAGUUGACGACAACAGCGUUAAUAUGAAGAAAGAUCUCGAAAUAUUCCUUUAUCAUCUUCGUAUUGAAGCACAAGUUUUUGUCAUUGAACUGCCAGAUUCAGACAUCUCUGAAUACACAUAUGAGAGGACGAUGCGAAUGGAAGAGCGUGUCAAGUUAUUGAAAGAAAUGCAAGUUGGUGAGCGUAAACUGGACGUUCAAACGGCAGUUGUUGAAGCUGCCAGGGAACGAAAAUCGUCGAGAGUUACUGAAGAAGAUCACAUGAUUAAUGUUCGUUAUAGUGUUCUUAAUCUUAUCAUUACAUUUAUUUUGGAAAGGAUGAUCGAGCCAACUGUGGAGACGAUCGCAGAAGAGGAACAACAUAAAGAAGAAAUACCAAUGCAUACAUUGACUGAAAAUCAUUCACGAGUACAUUUCAGUGAAGAAGAGCCAGAGCAAAGGAAUGAAAAUAAUGGUGGUGUCAAAGUGCAUCGAAGCCUUAAUAAUAAUGGCAAAUGUCCGAGUGUGCGAAGUUUCAAUGUUCGAAAAAUGCACACGGCUGUAAGAUUGAAUGAGUUGAUGAGACAGCGCAGUGCGGAUGCGCAACUUCUCAUCAUUAACCUACCCGGUCCACCGCCACGAGGCACUGGACAAUAUUAUAUGGAAUUUAUGGAUGCUUUAACUGAAGGUCUACAAAGGGUACUGCUUGUACGUGGUACAGGCACUGAGGUGGUAACGAUCUAUUCAUAA